AUCCCUGGACCUUAUACACACACACACACAAACUCAAAAUCGCGCACAGUAAACAUAAAUAUUUUUUCGUAUUAAUUUUAAUCUCCCUCAAAGGACGAAACCAUGACUGACCUGAGUAUCAGCGGCCAACAGGUGCUACCAGGACCUCCACCACCGCCACCGACAAUACCCGAGCCCUUCAGGAUCACCACGAAUGCCCCGCACCACAUGAACGAUGCCAGUUUGACGCCCGGCAGGAGGAAGCUGCAAAAAUGGUUGGGUCGUGUCCUUCGGAUCGUCAUCACCGAUGGACGUGUCCUGGUGGGAUUCUUCAAUUGCACUGAUAGGGACGCAAACAUCGUGCUGUCCAUGUGCGCUGAGUACCUGGUGGAGGGCCAGGAGCCCCGGCUCUUGGGCAACGUGAUGGUUCCGGGCAAGCACAUCGUGUCCCUCAACAUUGACGAGCCCGAUCCGCAGUCCAGUCUCCUGGUGCAAUAGCUUCCAGUCCGUUCUUAGAUCAUUUAAUCAUCAUUUUAUUUCAAACAAAUAAAAUUGUUCGAAUACGCCUAUUAAACCUUCACGGCGCUGAUGAAUAUACCUAGUAGGCUUUAAAACCAAAAGGAAAUCAACUAUUUACCAGGGAAAAGUAUUAUGUUCUGACCCCACAAAGCAUAUGAAAUAUAUUCUGGAUCUGUAGUAAUCACGAAUGUGUCUUCGGAUUUAUGUUCAAAAGAGCUUAAGAAAUUGAGUUAAAGCAAAUGUCUGGAUAAUACAAAUUCUAUUUUUUAUUAGUUGA